AUGAAGUUCUCACUCGCUGCCGUCACCCUUCUGGGCGCUGUUGUCUCUGCCCUUCCCGCCAACGAGAAGCGACAGACUCCUUAUGUUCCUUGCACUGGCCUUUACGGCUCUGCUCAGUGCUGUGCUACCGACGUUCUCGGUCUUGCCAACCUCGACUGCGGUGGUCCCCCUUCUACUCCCAGCAACGCCACCGAAUUCAGCGCUGUCUGCUCCGCCAUUGGCCAGCGAGCUCGCUGCUGUGUUCUCCCCAUCCUUGACCAAGGAAUUCUCUGCAACACUCCCGCUGGUGUCCAGGACUAA